AACAUUCUUUACGCAAAAAGAAAAUAUUGUGAAACGUUUUCAAUUUAUCGACAGCAAAACAAAGGGCAACCGUUCAUGAUGUGCGCAAGCGCAAGAGGAGGUUGGUGACCCGCAUAAACAAAUCCAAGCGCCUCACAGACAAGGAACGUCGAUACUGAUAAGAUCGUCCCCGCCGCGAACUGUCACUACUGUCAGAUUGUAAUCUUGCCCGGCGUGUUCACAUCAAGGUCGCGACUGUCACUCGAGUGACUCGAAACGAUCGCGAUCGGAGGCUUCGGAGUGCGCUCGCGUCACAGUCGCUUGCGCGUCUUCCGCGCUCGCUAUUCGAGUACCCCCCUAUUAUUUCACGUGUAAUCUUCAAUAAUGCUCUACUCGAUUAUAAUCGAGUGUUAGCAAUCAAACGUUAAUAGUGCGUCAAGUUCCGGCAGUGUAACCUUCGUGGAUGCGCGUAGAAAAAUGUUUACGCGUUCAAAUCGGCAGUUAGAUCGUGGAUGUGAAUAAAAAUGUGUGUUUUGUGCAUGUGAUUAACUUAAAAAAUGUUGCGGAGGCAGUUCUCUUGCGAGUCCGGGAAGACGGAGCUUGUAAGGGCUAAAGAGGAAUAUUUUGAUCGAAGGAGAACUAGAUCUCUGAACGCCCCCUCGCCUAUACAACAGUUCGGACCAUGCGGCAGGAUAAUGAAAAACUCGGCAAUGGUAAUGCAGAUCCAGGACCCGGCGUCGCAGCGGCUGACGUGGUACAAGCCGCCGCUGACGGUGCUGGUCAUCAAGAAGGUGCACGACGCCACCAUCCUGGCGCCCUUCGUGCAGCUCGUGCACUGGCUGGUUCAUGACAAAAGCAUGGUAGUGUUCGUAGAAGCAGCGGUGCUGGAUGACACGCUGCUGGCGUCAUACGGCGACUUUUCGUCGGUGCGCGAGCGCCUGAUGACCUUCCGCGCGGGUACCGACGACCUGACAGACAAGAUCGACUUCAUCAUCUGUCUAGGUGGAGACGGCACUUUGUUACACGCCAGCUCGCUGUUUCAGGUAAACGAACUAAGUUUCAAUUGAGUCAAGGAAUUUGCG